GUGUGCCGUGUUUGCUGGUUCCUGUUGCUCUCCAGCAUCCGUUGUCUCUGCAGCACCCUGAGUUCUCCUCCAGAGCGGUAGUGCCAGGAGCUCAGAAUGUUCCCGGAACUUAAUAACCUGCUCAACACCACCCCGGACAGGGCGGAGCAGAACAGAAUUGGCAUCAGAAAGUAAAGUAUUUGGCUGGGAGGUCUUUUGAAGGCCUCUUCCAAUCCUAGCAGUCUGAUUUUCACUGGAGUCUGAUGGUAAAAGCAUCCUUUGUUCAGGAUCCAAUUCUUCCUAAGACUGGUUCCUGAGUUACUAAGGGGAAACUGACUCUACUCUGUGAUGCCAAGACAGAUGGCAGUUUCCUUGUACACCACUUUCUCUCCUUCUACCUCAAAGCUAAUUGUAAAGUCUGCUUUGUGGCACUCAUCCAGUCCUUCAGCCACUACAAUAUCGUGGGACAGAAGCUGAGAAUGAGUCUGCCUAUGUUUCCCAGGAUGAUCUUAAACUCCUAAGCUCAAGGAAUCCUCCUGCUUCAACCUCUCAAAGUGCUGGGAUUACAGGGUGUCAACCUGACCAUGGCGCGGGAGCGUGGGCAGCUUGUGUUCCUCGAGGGACUCAAGUCUGCAGUGGACGUCUUCUUCCAGGCUCAAGAGAAGCCACACCCCCUGCAGUUUCUCAGGGAGGCCAGUGCUGGGAACUUGAAACCAUUGUUUGAGUUUGUACGUGUCGCCCUGAAGCCAGUAGACAGUGGAGCCGCUGGGUGGACCUACCCGGUGCUGCUGGUGGACGACCUCAGUGUGCUCCUGAGCCUGGGCCUGGGGGCGGUGGCUGUGCUGGACUUUAUUCACUACUGCAGAGCCACCCUGUGCUGGGAACUAAAGGGAAAUGUGGUGGUCCUUGUGCAUGACAGUGGAGAUGUGGAAGAUGAGGAGAAUGACAUCCUGCUGAAUGGCCUCAGUCAUCAGAGCCACCUGAUCCUGCGGGCUGAGGGCCUGGCCACUGGCUUCUGCAGGGAUGUGCAUGGGCAGCUGAGGAUCCUGUGGAGGAGACCAUCGCAGUCUACAUCUCAGCGGGAUCAGAGCCUCACUUACCAGUAUAAGAUACAGGACAGAAGCGUGUCAUUUUUUGCCAAAGGAAUGUCUCCUGCUGUUCUGUGAUCUGAUUUCGGAGCAGCUAAAGCUACAUGGGACUGUUUUUGGAUGUGGAAGAUAACACAACCUAGCAAAAAUGGGCCUUUCUCCUCUGUAGUAGUAUUUCGGGCUGGACUGGUGACUCCAUGGUGACCAGGGAGAGUUGAAUGCUGCAGUGAUGGCAUACCUUGGCUAUUCUGGGCUCUGUUCAGAAAACACAGCAAGGGACCACGAUCCUACUUCUGCUGAGAGAGAGGCUGGAUGCUAGACCCCAGCGAAUGGGGUCCUUUGGAGCCUUUGUUUAGAUAUGCCUUAGUCCCAGCUGCCUAUUUUUGGUUGAUGUGUCUUUCAAAGCCAAAGUGGGUAUAAAUGUGCCAGCCAGGAAAUAGUUGCAGAUGGCAGGUACGCAAGGUGACAACUAGGACAGUCGUGACUGGAAUAAAGUAAGUUUCCACACUGG